AUGCCCAGAUUAUCCCAAUACCAGCAGGACCUCUGCGAUGCCAAGAUGCUCGUCGCCUUCACCGGCCUGGACUCUGACGAAGAGGCCUUCGAAGAGGCCCUCGAAUUCUACGCCCUCCUCAAGUCCUACGGCAGUCCCUCCACUGUGCGCCUCUCCCAAAAGUUUCGCCCAAGCAGUUCCUAUUUCACAACUACCUUCACGACCCUCCCCGAGAACGACUUCCGUGCCCUCUUCCGCACCUCCAGACAAGGGUUUGCCAAGAUCCUCAAGCAAAUCCAGGACCGACCUGUGUUCAAGAACAAGCCGAAUUACCCACAAACGGACCCGGCCCACCAACUCGCCGUCGCACUCGCCUGCUUCGGUGCAUGUGGGAAGGAGGCGAUGCUUGCAACGAUGGGGGCGAAGUUUGGGAUCGCACAAGGGACGAUGGAGCUCUAUACGAACCGUCUAAUCACGGCGCUAUUGGAAGUCGAGGGAAAUUGGUUGCGGUGGCCCGAGGAGGAGUCUAGGGAGGAGCAUGGGCAAGCAAUGAGGAAAGAGGGGUUUCCGGGGUGUGUUGGGUUCAUGGAUGUUACCAAGAUUCGUCUUACGCAGAAGCCGGCCGGUUCGUUUGACUGGUUUGAUGAAUACUGCGACAAAAGUGGAAGAGCCUCUAUCUGCAUACAGAUCGUCAGCGACAUCAACAAGCGCAUCAUCUACUAUUAUAUCGGCACCCCCGGUUCAAUCACCAAAAAAACCGUCUUCGCGCGCUCCACUCUCUGCAAGGAACCCGACCAUCACUUCGCUCCCGGUGAGCGCGUUGAUGUCUGCAUCGGCAGCCUAAAGUCUCGCUGGCGGUCCUUACAAGAGACGCGACAGCGAAUUCGAUACAACGACGAUAUGAAGGUCUUUUUUGAAUGGGUUAGGGCAUGUUGUAUACUCCACAAUAUGCUGUUGCGCCCAGGAGAUCCUUGGGUCGAUAUUUUCCUCGAUCAAGAGGGUCCAGAUCCAGAGCUAGAACCGCAGCCACAGCCAGAGCUAGUGGGGGGCAAGGUGCAACCGCAACAGCCUAGUACAGACGAUGAACUGCAGUUCCGGGAGAGCCUGAAGAAGACCACGCUCGAGACGAAUCAUGCACGCGGGAAACUUCCAGCACUCGCGGCCGCAGAGAGGGUCAUCAGACAACCAAAGCUCAAGGCUGUGAACAGGAUCCAACUCUUGAAGGCCCAGAAGCAGAGUACGCGCAAGACAAAGUCUGCAGGAGGCAACGUUCCAGCGGUCGCAGAAACAGAGACAGAGGCACAGAUAGAAGCAGAGAAUACUGAUGGCCUGGCAGAGAUCCAGGCAAGGGAUCCGGAGCAGUUUCGCGAGGCAUUGAAGGAAGUCGUCCUCAAGACCAAUCGUGCACGCGGCGCUUUACCCGUAGCUCAAUAA